CGAAAGCACAUACGUCCCCCGCCAAUUACUAUAGAUCUGAUUAUAAAUAACGUAGUUAACGCUACAGCACUAAUCGAUUAUAGAUGUCUCUGCUACGCACUAAUUAACAGAAAGUUCGCUUACCGCCACUGUCUAGAGCGCUUUCAGAUCCCUACCCAAAUAAUUAAGGGAGUGAACAAUAAGCUGUCGGAGAUUAAUAAGGUCGCCCGAUUCUCGUUUAAGCUGUAUGGGUACGAAGAGUCUGCCUAUGCAUAUGUAAUGGAUUUGUCCUCUAGCGAGAACGUCUACCUAGAAAGGGGGUGGAUAGAUCACCGCGAUGUGACGAUAGCCCCCGCGAAGAAGAGCAUCUUUAUCCACUUGAAAGGCAUUCGA